GGAGGAGGAGGAGGAGAACCGGAGCUACAUGCGCCGCCGGCUGAAUCGAGGCGACGUCCGCUAGUGUUCCGAGCUCGGGAAGAGGUCAGCUUCAAUUUUCUCCUUCUCUUUUUCUUUCCUCAUCCUCGUCAUCGUCCUCGCACGGAUUACUUUCUUUUCUCCAUUCGUCUUCUUCUUUCUCUACUUAUCUCGCUUUGAUCCGGGCGGGAAACCCGUUGAAAUCCGCUUCGAUCAGUUGUGGGUCCUCUGACCGCAGGCAGGGGAGCGGAUCGCUGCCUGGUUAUUUCUUGGUGUUCCGGUGCGCAAUGAAAGCUUUCCGAGAUGGCUGCUGCUAAAUGGAUCUUGAUCCUGUGCUUUAGGGUUUUUGGCUUCUCUAUGCAAGAAUUCCGGUUUCAAGUUUUCAUCUCUGCGGCUGCGGUUUCUCGAUCUUUUUGUGAUUGAGGGUUUUGGUUGUGGAAGAUGAGAUUUCCGCCUGCAUUGCUGUUGCUGAUGAGUUGGCCACUUUGUAUAGCUCAUGUUCUAUCUAGAAGAAGGUGCAAACCCUAUUCCUGACUAAAUCAUAGAGUGGCAGAGGAUGGUUUAAUCUUCUUAAUUUGGUGAUUGAUUCGAUGACAAGUAUUCAUUGAGACAUGCCACAGCCGCCAAUGCUGCAGCCGCAGCCGCCGCUGCCGCCAAUUAUGAAGCAUUCCCGGACUAACCUUGGUGACCUUAAAUCGCUGAUAACCAAGCGUCUCGGCCAGGAGCGAGCACAGCGCUACUUCAGCUAUCUGAACGAUUUGCUGUCGCAGAAGCUGAGCAAGCGUGAGUUUAGCAAACUCUGCAUUUUGACACUCGGCCAUGAGAAUCUCCCCUUCCACAAUCAACUCAUCAGUUCUAUCCUUCAGAAUGCCUCAAGGGCUAAAGCUCCACCACCUGUUCAUCAUGACAAAUUUGCCCAAAUGCCAACUGGAAUUGUGUUGAAUGGUGAUGUCUUGCCGAGGUUGCCCCACAAGAUCAGGAGUAGGACCGAUAAUCACCGGGUUAAAGACUGCCCCAGUCCCCUUGGACCAAAUGGGAGGGCAGAAGUGUCUGCUCAGCUGUCAUCAAUACCAUAUAACACAGCAGCUUUAGGUCAGCAUGAUGAUCUGAACUCAAGUGACUUGCAGAGAUUAAUACAACAACAACAGUGUGGGCCUCACAAGCAGCCAACAAAGAGAGCAAGGAUAGAUGAAACACCUGUGCACGACCAGGGUGCCGUACAUAGCCCAGUUCUUGCUGAAGUAGUUUCUGUAGACCAAAGGGAGGACAUAGAACACUGGAAUAAAAUGGCUUCCCUUAAAGGUCCUCUUCAGGCUCCACUUGGAAUUCCUUUCUGUUCAGCAAGUGUUGGCGGGGCAAGAACGCCAUUAUCAUCAGGUAGUGCUAACAUUGAUAGGUUUCAUAGGAGUUAUGAUUCUAGUGAACUGUAUCAUACUGAGGUAUUGAAAAAACGAAUGGAAAAAAUAGCAAAAGCACUGGGCUUGGAAGGAGUGACAAUGGACUGUGCCAACUUGCUGAACAAUGGGUUGGAUGUGUACUUGAAGCGGUUGAUUGGUUCAUGCAUUGAGCUAGUAGGAGUAAGAACAAGGCAUGAAUCAACAAAGCAGCCAUUUUCCAAUCUCCUUCCUUUUGCACAACCUGAGAAUGGUAUUUGUGUAGGAAGCCAAAUGCAUGGUAAUGUUGGUUUGGAAGGCACGCAUGUGUUGAGUAUGCAAGAUUUUAAGGUAGCAAUGGAGGUAAAGCCGCAGCAACUUGGGGAGGAUUGGCCCAUGCUGCUUGAGAAAAUAUAUGUUCGCUCAUUUGAGGAAUAGUAGAAAGUAUGAAACCAUUGCUGGUUUGCAGGAACCUUUGGCACUUGGAUGGGCUCUGCUGUUGAGCACCAGUCUAUUUGGGAUUGUGAGAAACCUAUUUGAGCUUCUUGGUUAAAAGAUGUCCCUUGUAAGCUUCUUCCAGGAUCAGCCUAGAAGGAUUCUGUAAGAUCAUGCUAAGGAUCAUCUCAAACAAUUAAAAAUCCUUAUAUCAGCCUGUCCAAAGGAAAGAAACCAUCCUGUUUGUCUCACUUAUUAUAUGUAAGCAUUUUUAAGGAGGUGGCCUCUUUCUCACAGUAUCACCACCAGAGUCUCAAGCUGUUAUGCAAUUUGCAUCAUGGAGAUUGAGGAAAAUUCUGCAUGAUUUCUUCUGUAUCUUAUACAAUCACUUCUUGUUCUAAUCAUUGGAAGUUGUCUGACCGGCAUUUUGCUUGCUGAAUGAAUCCAGAAACGAAGGUUACAGUUGUUCAUGAAGGGUCUAUGUGCUGAUAUUUGCAAGACCAAAAUCUCUGAACAUGACCGCCGCCGCUUGACGUGAAAGAAAGUCGAAGUAUUCGUGAAACAGUUGGUUGAUUUAUGCUUCCAACAAGACAAAGCCGAAAUGUUUCCACCAGCCUCCAUGAGUCUUAUGCAUAGAUAGACAGGACAAAGUUCGUUGUGGAUGAUCUCAUAGAGCAAGAAGAGAGAAGAGUAUGUUUUGCUACUGUUGUCUUGUUGUUGUUGUUGUUGUUGUGGUUGUUCACUUAUGUGCAUUGUUUUUUCCCCAGUUUUGUGUUUUUGGCACUUGUGAGCAAAUAAUAAUUGAUUGGUCUGCAUGUGAAAGACUUUCGAAGAUAAA